UGACAACUUUUAACUCACCGUUUCAUUCAACACUUGUUCUCUCAUACCUCUGCUCGCAUCCUUCCCCUCCCUCCAUUGCUAUUUUCUACUGGGUCUUCAGAAUCCGUAUGCGAGAGGAUCUAAAAGCUUAGUCAUUUAACUUCUCCAGGAAAAAUCCUCAAGCUAUAUAUAAAAUACGCUUGCUUGGCACUUCAUGUGUUAUCUCUGAAAAAUCCCAUCGUUUCUGGAUUCCGCUCUUCUUCUAACCUCUUCUUUCUUGCUGAAAUUGACAGAUCAACAAAUUGUGUGGUUGGCUUCGUUCUUCUCCACAUCUGAAUUGGGAAAAUGAAGAAAGGAAUUCACCCUCAAAUGCAGUGGAUAUCCUAUGUGACGCAAAGUGGACGAUUGAUGCAUGUUAUGAUGACCAAAAUACACCAAACAGGCAAGGUUUAUCACAUUAGAGCAAGGCGUCAAAUGGCUCAAAGUAUUGGUCAGAUUGCAAAGUUUAAGCGCCGGUAUGGUGAGAAGGAGGAGGAGGAGGUGGAAAAAGCAGAGAAAUGAAGGUUUAAGUUGGAAGAAGAGUGAAUUACCAGUCUUUUGUGAAUGAAUUCAUCCUUACCUUUUUCCUUUUCAUUUCAUCUUAACUUUUCUGUAUAAGGAAUGAAUACUAGUCUUCUUGUAUGCUUCACCCCUUUGAAUGUUGGUUAAACAAUAGUGAAGAAUCAUUCUUCGUUCUGUGCAACACAAAUUCAGUGAUGCUUUCUGUGGGCGAUUAUUAUUGCUCCAAUCCUACUGUCAGUGUCUCCUUAUUUGGAAGUAUUUUAUGAGGUUAAAUAAACAUUAGCGUCUUUAUUUUUUUAUUUGAAAAUGUUGAUGCUUACUGUU